UGCCAUCUACGCAAAAUCAAACAUCUUGGCAAGCCUAGGAAUUGACAUGAACAGUUUACGUUUGCUUUGAUGACGAAGUCGUGAAAGUGUUGUUAUAAGAAGGCUCUACGUCCACAAUAAAACAGUGAUAAAAAAAUGAAUUUCACACCGUUCGGCGUCCCGUUGUCGGCCGCUUUGCCGGUAGCCACUCAAUUCACAGCGGGCAAAAUCACGCAGAGCGUCACCACCCCCAACGGGCAAGUGGUGGGCGUCUUGCAAGGGGGCGAAAACGGCGUCCAUUACAUUCGACCGUUGGACGCUAACGCUUUUACGACGGCCACGUCGCAACAGAACCAGAUGUUUCUGCAGGGGACGCAAAUCAUCACUCUACCUAUAACCAUGCCGGGCGCUAAACCGGGGGAUCCCCAACAGACGGUGCAGAUACAAGUGGUCAAUCCCCAACCGGCCCAAAUGUCGCAGGCUAGCCCUCCAAGCUCGCCCAAAUACCAAAUCUCCCAGAUACCCAUCCAGGCAUUCGGACAAGGCGCUACCGUGCUAACAGUGGCUUACAACUCGAACCAGGAAGGAAUACAAAUCUUGGACAGUCAAAACGGUGUACCGGAAGGUAUGACGGUGGUGGCGGCCCUUCAACCGCAAGACAUCCAGCUGAUCCAAGCGCACUCCGAUCAAGACGACGGCGACAAAGACGCCCAGCCGGUGUCGAUAAUAAAAAACGAACUGAAAGACUCGGAGGAAUCGGGCGCGUCGAUCUCACUGCCGGCGCAGUACCUGCAAACCACCAACCUGCACGAGUACAUCCACAAGAUGCAGAACACCACGCUGCCGCUCAGCCUGCAGCAGUUCCUCAAGUUCAACACCGGCGACAUCAAGCGCGAGAUCGUCAACGAGGACGGCAUGGUGGAGACGGUGAGCAUCGCCGCGCACGACGGCAACGGGCAGCUGGUCGUGCAGGAGGGCAAGCCCGACAACGAGGAGCCCGUCGACGAUCCCAAGACCAAGAAGAAGAAGCGCUACAAGAAGCCGCCGAAGCCGAAGAAGCCGAAACCGGGCCAGGUGCACAUCGCGACCGCCCUCGACGGCACGACGCUCUUCUGCUGUCCCGAAUGCCACAUGGCCUAUCCGGAGAAGGAGCUGUUGGAGCAGCACUUGGUCGGCCACAAGAUCGAGCGGCGCUUCAUCUGCGACAUCUGCGGCGCCGGCCUGAAGCGCAAGGAGCACCUCGAGCGGCACAAGCUCGGCCACAAUCCGGAGCGGCCGUUCGUCUGUUCGGUGUGCAUGAAGGGCUUCAAGCGGAAAGAACACCUGAAUUUGCAUUUCGUUAUCCAUUCGGGCGAGAAGACGGAGAUUUGCGGCGAAUGCGGCAAGGGGUUCUAUCGGAAGGAUCAUCUGAGGAAGCACGCCAGGUCGCACGUGACGCGACGGGCCAAGGAGCAGGCGGAGCAGGCCGAGAGGGCCCAAGGGCUGUUGUCUAACGAUCCGCUGUCGGUGAAUACUAGCACGGCUCAAGUUACCAUUAGCGUCGGAGGGGUUCCCACCUCUCAAAUACAAAUUCCCGUACAGAUUCAAGUGCCGCAACACAUCGACGUUGCCAAUUCGAACGAAGAGGAACAGGAAAACGUUGUUAGUACGGUCGUUUUGCCCGCCGCCUCCGAAGGAUUAUCCAUUCUGCCCAAUUAGUGGAAACUGAGAAGUUUUAUUUGAGUUGUAUUUUCAUGUAAAAUUCUUAUUAGUCGAGCGCCAGUCGCCGCAAGCACGGAGGAAGGAUAAUCGGGAGUGUUUGUUUAUGAUACAUCGAGUGGAAGGCGCUCACGUUUGACAGUACGAUUACUUUAUUUUUUAUUAUAGCUAUUUUGUAAAUAUUAAUUUAUUCGAGCGCAUUAUUUGGUUAAGAUCGAAAUUUUCCAAUAACAAACUAGUUGUACAGUAUUAAGUGGGAAGCUUUCGUUUUAAAACUUUAUCGAAACAGGCAGUGCUAUUAAAAAUUCCGUUUUUUUUUUUGAAUACUAGUACCUUUUUAUAGUAAGUUUUUAUGUGUUACAGCAAAGUCAAAACCAACUUUAUUCCGUCCAAUCCAUUUUAAUCUAAGAAAUUUAAUAACUGAAGCUAGUUGAUUGAGCGUCUCGCUUUUUUACUAGCAAUUAAUUAAAAGCUCUCUUUUCUUCAAUUCUUAUUACUAUAAGAUUCUUGGGGGAUAUCCUAAAAUUUGUUAAGUAUACCGAAGGAAAAUGAAAUAUUCUGUUUGUUAAUCAAUCGAUUAUGGUGGAACGGUUACAAAUUAUAACUAGUUAUUUUCGUUCAAGUGCGACAAAUCGAUUUUAAUGCAGGACUAAACAGGCCAAAUAACAAAAUGUUCUGUGAUCGAAUCGAACUUGAUGCGAAAAUAACCGAAUUUUCUUUAUUUUAUUAUUUUAGCGUAACGGCGUUUAAGUUUAUGAUUAUUUAGAGGUAAAGUUUUAUUUAAUUUACAAUUAUUUAAGGAAAUAACGAUUAUUGUACGUGUUUAGUUUUCUUUGCGUUCAAAAUAUGUUUGAUGAAUCGUUCACAAUACAAUAAAAUAAAUUCAUUCAUCUAGGGAUUAAUGUGAUCAACAAUUUUGUAAAAUAAUAAAACACUCAAAAUAUUGUAAAUAUUUAUACAUGUUAAGCCAAUUUAUUAAAAAAUACUAUUGACUAGGUGAUAUCUUUUUAUACUAUUGACAUUCUGAAUUUUAUAAAUGAAUUAA